AUGUCAGGAGGUCAGCUGUCAAGCAGCCAGAACGGGCAGCCGCUGUUCACUAGCAACAACAGCAGAGGCAGCAAAGCGCGCUCCCUCACAUCGCAAGAAGCCUUUGCCAUCCUGCGGAACGCCGGCCAGCUGGAUCUGCAGCCUGUGGACCCAAGGAGUCUGCAUCAAUCCGGCUAG